UGAUCAUCUCUCUCUCAACUCCCAAGCCAAGAAUCUCUCCCCCUCUCCGAUCCAUCCGAUCUCCCAAUUCCCCCUCGCGAAAACCGCCUAAGGAAGAGAUGAGAUCGCUUCAAGCACCGGUUGUUCACCCCACGAUUCGUCCUAGACAAGUAGCUGCAUGCGCUCUCAAACCUACGCUUCUCUUAGGUCAGCGGAUCAAGUCUCGCGUCACUCUCCGUCUGUAUCCUCGCGGGUGUUGCGGCGGGAAGAGCGGCGUCAAGUGUGUUUUCAGCUCUCACUCUGAUGGGAACGGAAGCACGGCUGAGAAUUUUAAUGAGAAUGAUGAGGAGUAUGUUGAUUCUAGUAUAGUUGAAGCUGUUGAGGUGAAGAGUGGAGCUGAGGGUUUUAUGGUGAAGAUGAGAGACGGUAGGCAGUUACGUUGUGUUCAUAACAAUCCUCAAGGAGGGCAUUUGCCUGAUUAUGCUCCACAUCCUGCUAUUGUUUUGAAGAUGGAGGAUGGGACUGGUCUUCUCCUUCCUAUUAUUGUGUUGGAGAUGCCUAGUGUGUUACUUAUGGCAGCAAUGACCAAUGUCCAGAUUGCAAGACCAACCAUGUAUCAAGUGGUGAAGGAGAUGGUGGACAAGAUGGGUUAUGAAGUUAGACUUGUUAGAGUUACCAAAAGAGUUCACGAGGCGUAUUAUGCCCAACUUUACCUUUCAAAGGUGGGUAAUGCAUCGGACUGUAUCAGCUUUGACCUUCGCCCUUCAGAUGCAAUUAACAUAGCUGUUAGAUGCAAGGUACCUAUCCAAGUGAACAAGUACCUUGCAUAUAGUGAUGGAAUGAGAGUCAUCGAGUCAGGGAAGCUAUCACAACAGACACCUGCUUCUGAUGGUUUAUUGUUUACUGAACAAGACCGACCAAAUGGUCAGGCUUGCCUUGAUACGAAAGAGUUCAAUAUUCUGAGCAACAUGAUGCAAGCUGUUAAUGAAGAGCGAUAUGAUGAAGCCGCCGAAUGGAGAGACAAGCUUGGCCAGUUUAGGGCCAAGCGUAACCUGAAGAAAUACACAUAAGAGCUUGAUCAACAAUCUGUGUACAUAAUAAGAAGUUAUUGUCGGGAUCAAAGUGGAGGAAGAAGCAGUCUCAUGAAUGAAGAAUGCUUCUACACUUAACCCAUUGUCCCAGAAACAAACACAAAAUGUAAUGUAUUAUAAUGUAGCGUGAUGUGUACAUACUACUUAUUAAUCUAUGUCUUCGUACUUGUUGUGCACAUUAAGUUCACUCUGAUUGUAUUUUAAGACUCCUCUCGUUCGGCGUUGUCUGUUUAAAUUAUAACUGCAGUGUCUUUAAAACUAUUCUUACAGUGUUUUUCUUAGGUGAAUAAUGGGCAAGUCUGUAACAUUUGUUCACAGCUUUUUCUUAUCUAAAAAGCG